ACAUAUCUGUGGAAAUUAAUUUGUGUUGAUUUAUUGAGUCAUCUUGGGAAAUCAUACGGCAUACCAAAAUUUCAACGAAAUUGGAAGUGAGCAUACUAACAGAGACAUGACUAAAAAAUGCUAUAUUCGUUUUUAUUAUAGGCAGAUAUUUUUUCCAAAUAUUUUUGAGUGCCCAUUUGGAAUCAUUAUGCAUACAAUAAAGUCACUGUUUUUGUAAAAUGCCUUUGAAGAAAGAAGUAAUUCGUUAAAGAUCAUUGUUGCAAAAUGCUAUUCUCAUUGAAUACGUUUCUGAUAAUUCACAAUUGGAAGCACUAUCUAACUAUUGUUUCCGGUGAAAAAACGGGUUUUGUUCAAGUGGGUCCCCAAAAAUGGCUCUUUCCCAACAGAUAUCAAGAAGAAGCAAAUGAACUGUAUAAUUUUGAGGUAACACCUGAUGAUGUUUGGAUAGUUACAUUUCCAAGAUCAGGAACAACAUGGACUCAAGAGAUGGUUUGGCUUUUAAGUAACAAUUUCGAUUACGAAAAAGCAAAAACUAUUCCAUUAAUAGAACGAUUUCCGUUUCUAGAAUUUAGUAUUUGCGUUCAUCCAGACAUAAAGGAACGAUUUCGCCAAGAGAACAGUAAAUGCCUAAACAAACUUAAAAAAGUGGAAGAACUUGAUAAGCCCGGAUGGAAAAUCUUCGAAAAUUAUUCAGGCAGGCGAUUCAUCAAAACUCAUUUGCCAUUCAGUCUUUUACCUCCUGAUUUAUUAAGAACUGGCUGUAAGGUAAUAUACGUUGCUAGAAACCCCAAAGAUGUAGCUGUUUCUUACUAUCAUUUAAAUCGUUUAUUUAUCACCCAAGGAUUUAACGGGAAUUUUGAAACAUUUUGGAAUUACUUCGAAAAUAAUUUAGUUCACUGGGCCCCGUAUUGGAGUCAUAUCCAGGAGGGUUGGGAUAGAAGAAACGAAGAAAAUUGUUUAUUUAUGUUUUAUGAAGAUAUGUGUAAGAAUCAGCAAGAUACGAUCUUAAAAGUGGCCGAGUUUUUAGGAAUAGAUGUUUCAGAAAAACAACUGAACAAGCUGGAUGACCAUUUGAAAAUAGAAAAUUUUCGAAAAAAUGAUUCGGUCAAUUUUGAAGUGUUGAGAGAAAUUGGAGUUCUUAAUUCAAAGGAGCAGGGUUUUAUUCGAAACGGUAAAAAUAGUAAAAAUUCAACGUACUACACUCCAGAAUUGGAGGAAAGGGUCAAUCUUUGGAUAGAAAAGAAUUUGAUAAAAACUGACCUUCGAUUUCCCAAAAUACUCAAAUAAAUAAGCAGUACAAUAUUAUACAAGAUGCCCCACUACUUCCGGAAAUGAGCACAAACUUUUGCUUAUUUUAAAUGGAACCUGAAUUUCCUUUUAUGAAUCACUUUUAUUUAAUGUAUACUAAAAUGUUCAUUUUGUUAUUUAUAUAUGCAUACUUUUAUCCCAAAAUGAUCGUGGGGCAUCCUAUAUGUUGUAUAUGUGUACAUUGUAUUUCUAAGAUGUGUUAAUUCUGUUAGUUUCUCGCAUAAUAAAUAUUUUACGUAAAUAGAUUAAA